AUGGACGUGCAGGUGCAGCGGACGUUCACCAUACCCGCGCCGCCGUCGGAGCCGUCGGCGGAGGUGCCGCCCACCGUCUUCGACCUUGUCGCGCCGGCCUACCACGUCACCGUCCUCUUCGCCUACGCCCCGCCCAACCCCACCAACGCCGCACUCCUCGCCGCCCUCGCCGCCACCCUCCCGCGCUUCCCGCUCCUCACCGCCCGCCGCCUACUCGAUCAGAGCCGCCGGCCAAGCGCCGACCGCCCGCUCUUCGUCACGGGCAGGGGCGGCGCGGGCGCCCUCGUCGUGGAGGCCGCGGUGCCGUCGUCCCCGCUCGCGGACCACCUCCCGCUCGUCCCUUCGCCGGACCUCGAGCGCCUCCACCCGACGGUCGACAAGGACACGCCGCACGUGCUGCUGCUCCAGAUCAACCGCUUCGCGUGCGGCGGCCUCGUGAUCGCCUCGUCCUCGCACCACCAGGCUGCCGACGGAUACUCCAUGUCCACCUUCUUCCACGCGUGGGCCGACGCCGUUCGCGCCAGCGGUGCCACGGGCGCCCCGCCGCGAACCACCAUCGACCGCCCUCCAGUGCAGCCGUACGGGCCUGGCGCCGUCGUCCCGCGCCGCCCGCCGCGGUGCGAGUUCGAGCACCGCGGCGCCGAGUUCCUGCCGUCGGACGCCGCGCCCCGGCAGCCCCCCGCCAGCGUCCACCCCUCCGAGAUCGCCAACCUCCUGCUGCACUACACGGACGAGCACGUCGCCGAUCUCAAGGCCCGCGCUAGCAACAGGUACACGACCUUCGAGACCCUCUCCGCGCACCUCUGGCGGAAGAUCACGGCGGCGCGGGGCCGCGCCGAGGACCCCGCACGCACGGCGCUGAACGUGACGGUGAACGGCCGCGCGCGGCUCGGGGCCGACGCCCUGCCCAGGGGGUUCUUCGGGAACGCCGUGCUCACGGCGAGCUCCGGGACGAGCGCGCGGGACCUGGCGCGGGGCACCCUCGCCGACGCCGCGGCGAUGGUCCGGGCGGGCGUCCGCGCGCGCGACGGCCGGUACUUCCAGUCGUUCAUCGACUUCAGGGCGCUGCACGGCGGCGAGGAGGAGCUGGAGCCCACCGUCGGGGACGAGGACAACGUGCUGCUGCCGGACGUGGCGUCCGACAGCUGGCUGCACCUGGAGCUGCACCGGCUAGACUUUGGGUGUGGCGGGCCGCUGGUUGGGAUCCUGCCGGCACAUUCCCCGCUGGACGGGGUGGUGGUGCUGAUCCCCAGCUUGAGGAAAGGGGGAGGCGUGGAUGCCUUCGUGGCGCUGUUCGACAAGCAUGCCGAGGUGCUCAGGGACAUCGCCUACACCAUGGACUGAACCAUGAACUGAUGAACAAGACUCUGAAGCAGAUAGCGAACAAAAUUAG